GUUUUAACUUUUCGCGUAAACAGCUCCGCUUUGAAAGAAGAGGAAAUGACUUUAGCAAUUUUCGGUUUAAUGUUCAGUAUCCCACUUAACCUAGGUUCCAGUUUCUAAAAGUUUAAUGAUCAUUUGUAUUUCAAUAGCUCUUGAAUGUUAUGUGUGUAAUUAUGUUGAAGGGAACUGGAAUGAUUGCGUUAGGACUGUUCAGACCUGCGAGCCCUUACAGGACACUUGCCAGUCAAUUGUCCAGUAUCGAAGUAAGCAAAACCCUUCACUUCUUGAAAGCCAGCUCCCCCCUUUUUUACCGUUCUUGCUGAGCGGAGAGCAUUUAUAACAAAGGCUUGUACAACGACAUAUGGUUGCGAAACGACAUCUUCGGUCAUCUCACAGCGUUGUUUCAGAUCAAAAACAAGAGACUGGAUUUGCUCUUACUGUUGUAAUACUGACAGAUGCAACUACUAUGUGCCUGGAACUGCCUCACGAUCUUUUCCCAUUAACAUCGUAACUUUAAUUGUUGUAUUUUUAUGGUAUUUGCUGUGGAGAGUUUUGUGAUUAAAAGCACAAGUGAAGCAAAAAGUGAGUUAAUGCUUAUUGGAAUUUGUAUAUUUAUUCACUGUACAAGUAAGAUCUAAUGGCUACCAGAUAACACAAGCUGUUAUUCUAAAUCAGUUUAAAAUAUAGCUAAAUGUGAUUUCAGUUAGCAUUCCAAGGUAAGCAUACCUGAAUGUCUACUACUACCACCACCUAAAUCUACCCUUAUUCACUCAGCCAUCCCUGGUCGAUCAAGUCUCAUAACAGGAUUUGCAGAAAAUAGAAUAUAGUCAAUAAAUUUAGUCCUCAGACUCUUUCUGCUUUAUGCGCUGAGUUCACUAACGUUCUAAAAUAUAUUAAUCAGCUAAUAGCAAACAUAUGUAAUACUGCUUCUGAUUAGUAGUAGUUUCAAACAGUUACAACAGAAAAUGAUGAGAGUGGAACACGACAUCCAUUGAUAUUUUUUCCAUCCACUUUACAACUGUUUGUCAUAAUCUUUCUUACCUACCCACUGAUUCCCGAAUAAUAGUCGUCCUGGCCAAUUUGGGUCUUCAUUUAAAAGCAAGAGAAACAUUAUUCCUAGAUAUUGUUGUCUCUCUAUAACAUUACAUGCUAGAACUCAGCAGAAUUCAAGACCAUUGAUUGACUCUCUGGAAGUCGUCAAUGGGCAUCAAGAUAACAUCUAUCACUUAGACGCUAGAAUAUGUCCCUACCUGCUUCAAGUUAUACAUAUGACUUGGAAAUGAGAUCAAAAGCAAAGAUUGAUCUGUUAUGAAUGUUAUAAGUACUUAAAUGCGAAUAGUGACACUGUUUGCAUGAAUUUUAAAAAGUGUAAUCCAGAGACUGAGCAACUAUUUUUGCAUUUAGUGACAAGACCUUAAUUCCGCUUUGUUGUUGACAUUUCGCUCAGCGGAACUUGAUUUAGUGAUCUGCUGAUCAGAAAAUCAAGUGCAUAAACCGGUGAGUCGCGGUAAUUUAACAAAAAUUAGUAGGCUUCGUCAUGAAACAGUUUAAGUGAAAACUUCGUAUCAUUGCUGUAGAGACAACGCUGACUUCUUAACAAUUCGAAAUGACAGAGUUUAGCAUUUUAGAGAAUUAGAUGACUUCCAGUAUGUUCUUUCUUACUAAAAAGCAGUAAUGUAUCUAACCAUAGUUCAUAAUAUGCCAAUACACUAAACAUUUCUGAUCAUCCCAUUACAGAUUUCUUUGUGGUAUACAACUGCACAUGAAGUGGACUACAUUUUGAAGGCCUAAAAUGACUUUAGCAAUAUCACUUGAUCGCUUAACUAAAAAUGUCUUCCCUAAUUAUUGUAAAUAUGAUCUUUUUUCUACUGAAUAAAAAGAAUUCACAUAUCC